GGGUUUAGAUUCGAAUAAAGUUGAAAAUACAUGUGCUUUUUAUGUUUAUAAAGCCAAAAAACUGUUUUUCUUUUUUCCUGUUCCAUUUUCUUCUUCAUAAACGAAGUUUUUUUUUUGCUCUCCCUUUUUUUUGGUGUUGUGAUUGGUAACCGAGAAAAUUUCAAUUAAAAACGGCUUUCUUACUUAUAUAGGUGCUUUUGGUUUUUUUGAUGGAUGAGAGAAAAAAUAGCUCCUUCAUUCAAACUCGGGUAAUUAUUAUCAACCAUACUUUUCCAUUUCUUCAUUUUCUUGUUCUUUAGUUCAAAAUUAUUUUCUUCUUUUUGCAAAAAUGGAGUAUGAACAGAUGAAAAAAAGUUUCCUUUUCUGUUAGCUUUUGGUUUCUGGGAUUGUUUAUUUUUAUGCUUUAGAUUUGUUUUUCAUUGAAUGAAACCUCUGUUUGGUGUUAUAGGAAAGCUUUUGAUGCAAAGAGACAGUACAGAACCAGAUACUGAAGAAUCUCAUUUCAUUAGUUGUGUUUUUUUUGGACCAAAAAUACCAAUUUUGAUCUGGGAUUUUGGUGCCAGAUGAAGAACAAUAGACAUUUCAAUUGAUAAACAAAGUUAGGCAAAGAAGAAUUCUGAUUUUGAUAUUGAUUUUUUAUUACAAUGGAGGCACCAGCAACCGAGCAGCCAUCUGUUCCUGCUCGUAGGAAAAAGAUGACCAAACAGUUAACUGGGAAACGUGAUGACACGAACCUACAUGCUGCUGCAAGAGCCGGAAAUCUUGCUGCCGUGUCUGAAAUAUUGAAAAACACUGGGCCGGAUGAACUUAAAGAACUGUUGCCUAAACAGAACCAAUCCGGCGAAACCGCCUUAUAUGUCGCCGCUGAAUACGGUUAUGUCGAUUUGGUCGAGGAAAUGAUAAACUAUUAUGAUCUUACAGAUGCUGGGAUCAAAGCUAGAAAUGGUUUCGAUGCUUUUCACAUUGCUGCUAAACAAGGAGAUUUAGAGAUUUUGAAACUGCUGCUGGGAGUGCAUCCAGAAUUGGCAAUGACUGUUGAUUUAUCAAACACUACUGCUUUGCACACUGCUGCAACACAAGGCCAUAUAGAGAUUGUGAAAUUUUUAUUAGAGGCAGGUAGUGGUUUGGCUACUAUAGCAAGGAGUAAUGGUAAAACAGCCUUACAUUCAGCAGCAAGAAAUGGGCAUCCAGAAGUUGUGAAGGCACUUUUGGCUAGUGAACCCGGGAUUGCACCAAGGACAGAUAAGAAAGGCCAAACCGCACUUCAUAUGGCGGUGAAAGGCCAAAAUCUUGUGGUGGUUGAAGAACUGAUCGGUGUUGAUCCGUCGUUGAUGAUAAAUAUGGUUGAUACUAAAGGAAAUACAGCCUUACAUAUAGCUAGUAGGAAAGGAAGAAUUGAGAUUGUUAAGUUGUUGCUUAGAUACAAAGAAACCGACAUGAAAGCUGUUAAUAGAAGUGGUGAAACUGCUUUUGACACAGCUGAGAAAACAGGGCAACCGGAUAUAGCAGCUUUGUUGCAACAGCAUGGGGUUCAAAGUGCUCGACUCAUUAAGCCUGCAACACCGAAUCCAGCUCGGGAGUUGAAACAAACCGUGAGCGAUAUAAAACAUGAAGUGCACAAUCAACUAGAACACACCCGACAAACUCGAAAACACGUCCAAGGGAUUGUCAAAAGGCUCCACAAAAUGCAUUCUGAAGGGCUUAACAAUGCAAUAAACUCCACUACUGUAGUUGCUGUGUUAAUUGCCACGGUUGCCUUUGCUGGUAUUUUCCAAGUUCCUGGUCAAUAUGUGGAUGAUGCAAAAAACGUUCCUCCUGGACUCUCCCUUGGUGAAGCAAGGAUAGGCCAAAACCCGGCUUUCGUAAUAUUCUUCAUCUUCGAUUCGAUUUCCCUCUUCAUUUCCCUAGCUGUUGUGGUGGUUCAGACCUCAGUUGUAGUCAUUGAAAGCAAGGCAAAGAAGCAGUUGAUGGCUGUUAUCAACAAGAUAAUGUGGUUAGCUUGUGUGCUUGUUUCAGUGGCAUACUUAGCCUUGUCAUUCGUUGUGGUCGGAGAUGAACGAUGGUUAGCUAUCGGAGUUACCAUUAUCGGAUCGGUAAUAAUGUUUGCAACUUUAGGCACUAUGUGUUAUUGGGUGAUCAGGCAUCGAAUUAAGGCUUCGAGCAAACGAAAUAUUCGAAGAUCUUCAAUGGAGAGCCAGUCACACUCUUAUCCAUUGUCAGAUACUGAAAUACUAAACAAUGAGCUUAACAAAAUGUAUGCUAUUUAAUAAGUCCUGUUUUCCCAGUCCUAUGUCCAUUACAGAUCUUGUCCCCUUCUACAAGUUAACCACUAAAUGUAUGUAUAUCUCUCAAAUGAUCAUACUUUGGUUGCUUUUAAGAAACAUAA